CCCACCCACCCAAUCCUCCCGUUGCUUCGCUGUUGAAAAUUUUAACCAAGAACGUUCCCGAAAUUCUCAUCCCCUUCUACUAUUUUCUUCUUUGUCAUAUUACUCGAGAAGAACCAGAGAAGAUUCCCUUUCCAGUUUCCGCCCACGAUUAAUCGAAGCCAGAGUAAUAAGGACACCAAUUCCCCCAUCAGCAGCAGCAGCAGUAGCUGAUUCAUUCAAUUUGUUCUGGGCAAUUAUUGUGAGUGUUCAGAAACCCAAAGAAAAACGGAAAAAACGCGGAGGAGGAGGAGGAGAAGAUGGUAGCCGAAGGCGAGAUUGUAGUGCAAAAGAGCAUCCUUGUGUUGGAUGUCCCCUCUUCUGACAUGGAUGUUAAACCCCAGGAUGCAGCAGCUGUUUUGCAAUUCGUUCCAAGCAUCCGGUCUGGCAGUUUUUCAGAUAUUGGGCCAAGAAGAUACAUGGAAGAUGAGCACAUCAGAAUAGAUGAUCUGUCUACGCAUCUGGGCUCACUCUUCACAUUUCCAAAACCCAGCGCUUUCUAUGGGAUAUUUGAUGGGCAUGGAGGAGCUGAAGCGGCAUCUUAUGUCAGAAAGAAUGCCAUAAGAUUCUUUUUCAAAGAUGCUAACUUUCCCCAAACUUGUGAGGGAGUGGAUGAUGCUUUCUUAGGAGAGCUUGAGGACAGUCUGCGCAGAGGGUUUCUUCUUGCAGACCUUGCUCUAGCUGAUGAGUGUAGUAGUGUUAGCAGCUCUUCUGGAACAACUGCACUCACCGCCCUUGUCCUAGGAAGGCUACUAAUGGUAGCGAACGCAGGAGAUUGUCGAGCAGUUCUUAGCAGGAAAGGGGAGGCAUUUGAUAUGUCUCAAGACCACAGACCUAAUUACUCUCUAGAGAGAACAAGAGUGGAAGAGUUGGGUGCCUUCAUCGAUGAUGGUUACCUGAACGGUGUUCUGUCAGUGACUCGGGCCUUAGGUGACUGGGACAUGAAGCUGCCUCACGGGUCUCAGUCCCCUCUCAUCGCAGAGCCUGAACUGAAACAGAUUCUUCUGACCGAGGACGAUGAGUUCCUCAUAAUCGGUUGUGAUGGGAUAUGGGAUGUGAUGUCAAGUCAAGAAGCAGUCAGUCUUGUGAGACGUGGGCUGAGGCGGCACGAUGACCCUGAACAAUGUGCAAAAGACCUCGUCAUGGAGGCCCUGCGGUUAAACACGUUUGACAAUCUAACAGUGAUAAUUGUUUGUUUUACUUCCUUUGAACAUCUUGAGCUGUCUCCAACACGCCAUCCAAGGUUCAGGUGUUGCAGCUUUUCCCCGGAGGCCAUAUGCAACCUUCGGAGCUUGCUAAAUGGUAGUAAUGGCAGUGCCUGACUGUAGAGUGUUGUUGAAUAAAGCUGUUUGUGAAAUAGCAGUUUUGGAAGGGGGUGGAGAGUGUACAUGAGAAUUGGUUUGAGGAAAUAGUGUAACGUAAGAUGUAAUGACUCUUGUAGUGUGUUUUACCUGAGGUAGGUAGAUGCACAGCUUGAUAUCCAUUUCUUUUGUAAUUUAUUCUCUUAUUGUACAUAUAGUAAGAAGCAAAUACUAUCUUAUGUAAUAACGCUCUGCUCUUUGGCUAAGAAAAACAUUUAUUCCCCUCUAUGGUCAAAUGUGAGAGAGAUACUGUUCUCAUAGUUUCCUUUUAAAAUU